GUCAAACGUCAAAAACAUUUGUUGUUAAUUUUUUUGUUGGUUCCUGCUAUCUGUGCUGGAAGAAAAAAGGAAAAGAAAGAUCGUGAUUCUAAUCUAUUUUCAAUCAGAACUAUACACUUUCAGUGAACAAUCUACGUGUUAUUUAAACAUUCGACUUGUGUGCACGUUUCAUUUGUUCCAACUCCUAUCGUGCUGCAACCGAUAUACUACGCCAAAACAGAAUGAAGAAAAAGGUGCUCCUGAUGGGAAAGAGCGGAUCUGGCAAGACCAGUAUGCGAUCGAUUAUCUUCGCCAACUACAUCGCCAGGGACACACGACGGCUGGGAGCGACAAUUGAUGUCGAACAUUCACAUGUACGCUUCUUGGGUAAUCUCGUGCUCAAUUUGUGGGACUGCGGUGGCCAAGAAUCGUUUAUGGAGCAGUACUUUGCCUCACAGAAGGACAACAUCUUCCGGAAUGUGGAGGUGUUGAUAUACGUGUUCGAUGUGGAAAGCCGUGAACUGGACAAGGAUAUGCAUUACUAUCAGUCCUGUCUGGAGGCAUUGCUCGUGAAUUCUCCAAAUGCGAAAAUCUUCUGCCUCGUGCACAAGAUGGAUUUGGUCGCGGAGGAACAGCGGGAUAUUAUUUUCAAGGAGCGUGAGGAAGAUUUGAAGCGCUGUUCGCGACCUUUAGAAUGCACGGCAUUCCGGACGAGCAUCUGGGACGAAACCCUGUACCGAGCGUGGAGCAGUAUCGUUUACCAGCUGAUACCGAAUGUAAAAGCGCUCGAGCACUCGUUGAAUUACUUCGCAAACGUUGUGGAUGCUGACGAAGUGCUGCUGUUCGAGCGGGCAACGUUUUUGGUGAUUUCACACUGCCAGCGAAAGCAGCACCGGGACAGCCAUCGGUUCGAGAAGGUUUCGAACAUUAUCAAACAGUUUAAACUAUCUUGCUCGAAGCUCGGUGCGAAGUUUUCGUCCAUGGAGGUACGCAACAGUGUGUUUGCGGCCUUCAUAGACACAUUCACGAGCAAUACGUACGUAAUGGUGGUGAUGUCUGAUCCUUCGAUACCAUCUGAGGCGACGCUGAUCAACAUUCGGAACGCGCGCAAGUACUUCGAGGAGCUGGAAAAUCCAAACAGCAGCACCGGUGGUAACAACCAUCAUCUGCAUCAUGCAGCGAUUAACCACGGUGGUGGUCAUGGGCUGGUAAAUGGAGGAACACACCCGAAUCACUAUGCUGGAAGCGGAGGAGGCUAUCACCAGUACGCUGGUCAGCAGCAGCAGCAACAGCAGCUCUACCAGCAACAGCAGCAGGCUCAUCACCUAACGCAAUAUCAAUCCUACCACCAUAAUACGACAACGAACGCUUAUCACUGAUACCUGUACCGGAAGAAGUAUUACUACUUCCGGUAAGCAAAACGAAUACACUAGGACGUGAUCUUCCAGUAGCCUGAUGCCGUUGAUGAUAGCGUUUACUUUCGCAGUCAUUUGUUUUAAAUUUUGCAAGCGAAAAAGACGCGCGAAGCGUACUGAAUUCCGGCCCCGUUCGAAGUUCGAUGGCAAUUAGGAAGAGCAAACUCCACCACUAAGUCAGAAGCUGGUAAAUUCUCUACUCACGUGAUCAGCAGAAUAUCGGCAAGUUUUUCGUUUUUGUUUGUUUUUUUUUUGUUUCCUUCCCCCAUUUCCAAACCGAUAGGCGAACCAUACACGAAUAGUUGCACAUGGCUUUGCAGGACGUUCCAUAUUGUUGUUAAAUAAUGUGUUCCUGAUAAUCUUGUUGUUGACGAUAUUAGUCAUUUGCGAAGCGUAUGAACGUGUGUGUUUUGUUUUUAUUUUACUACUUUAUAAUAAUUACUGAUGAUCCAAUCGUUUUAUGAAGGUGUUAUAUAUAUGUAAGCUUUAUUAGCUCUUGCUCGCCAUACAUCUCCCUUAGUAUAUUGAGCGCUUAAAUCAAAUCCUUCCCGUUGGGUGCAUGUGUUCAAUGAUGAUGGUCCCAGCGAUAUGAUCGAAAAGCAUCAUUUGUAUAUGAGCUUUGAUUUUGAAAAAAAAAAACAAGAAGAAACAUUAUAAUGAUCCCUUUAACUUUACUCUGUUUUCGACAGUUGAAUAAAAAAAAACCUCUAUUCUACAAUAUCUCGGAAUUCCUCAAUCAUGGACCAAACAUAUUUCCACUUUCCCUCACACCCUUAUGCCGAUUGCAGAAAUAGGGUGAUUUUGGAAUAAAGCAGUGGCCGGAAAAUGGAGAAAAUAUAGAUAAAAUAACCCGAACAAACCGAAUAAUUAGAAGUACGUAAAAUUGUAUAAAUGGUGGAACUGUGAGAGAAAGGAAAAUGAGUUAUUGAUAAUAGUAGAGCAAAACACAUUGCAAAGGGAGCGUAGAGUUGUGAAGCUAAGAUGUAAACAGUGAAAUAAAGCCAAACUACAGCGGGUGUACGAAUAAAAGCAUUAUUGAUGAAAUAA